AUGUCUAUAAAUAUUUGCAGAGACAACCACGAUCCUUUCUACCGUUAUAAGAUGCCUCCAAUCCAAGCUAAAGUGGAAGGUAGGGGUAAUGGUAUUAAGACUGCUGUCGUUAAUGCCUCCGAUGUGGCACGUGCAUUAAACAGAUCUACACCUUACAUUAUUAAGUAUUUUGGUUUCGAAUUAGGUGCUCAAACUUCUAUCUCCAUGGAAAAGGACAGAUAUUUGGUUAAUGGUGUCCAUGAGCCAUCUAAAUUGCAAGAUGUCCUUGACGGUUUCAUUAACAAAUUUGUUCUUUGUGGCAGUUGUAAGAACCCAGAAACUGAAAUCAUUAUUACUAAAGACCAAGAUUUAGUCAGAGACUGUAAAGCUUGUGGUAAGAGAACACCUAUGGAUCUAAGACAUAAGUUAUCGUCCUUCAUAUUGAAAAACCCACCAGAAUCCUUCGAAGGUGGUGCUGCAGGUGGUAAAAAAAAGAAGAAGGCUGCUACCGCCUCUGCUAACGUCCGUGGUGGUGGUGUUUCUAUUUCUGAUAUUGCUCAGGGUAAGACAGCUAACGAUAUAAACCAAUUAGAGGGCCAAGGUGAUGAUACUGCUACUGAUAAAGCUGGUGCUGGUGAUGACGACGAUGAUGAAUUGGCUCGUCAAAUUAAUGCUGCCGCAUCUGAAUUAGAAAAAAUUGAAGUCAAAGAUGAUGAUUGGGCCGUGGAUAUGUCUGAAGAAGCUAUUAGACAACGUGCUAAAGAACUUCAAGUUGGUCCAGGUGGUAUGAGUAAAGAAAUAUCCAAAUUAGACGAUUAUGGUGAAUGGAUUUUAGCACAAGAAGAAUUACCAACCGACGUGGAAUUAUAUAAGAAAGCAACUGAAUUAGAUAUUUUGCAAGAGCCAAAAAUUGCUGCUGUUUUAGCUCAAACUCUUUUUGAUGAAGAUAUCGUCGAUGAAAUAGGUGACCACAGUGCCUUCUUUAACAAAAUCUUUAUCUCUUCUGAAUAUGAAAAGAAUUUCCUUGGUGGUAUUGAAAGAUUCUUAGGUUUACAACAUAAGGAUUUGAUUCCAUCUUUACCAAAGAUCUUAGUUCAAUUAUACAACCAUGACAUUAUAUCCGAAGAAGAAAUCAUGAGAUUUGGUACUAAAUCAUCAAAAAAAUUUGUCCCAAGGGACAUAUCAAAGAAAGUCCGUAGAGCUGCUAAACCAUUUAUUACAUGGCUAGAAAAUGCAGAAUCUGAAGAUGAAGAAGAAUAG